AUGGGGAUUCUUCAUUCAAAACAUCAGAAGCUUAUUCUUCAAUGUUAUCCUCCCGGCAAAGCCGUCGAUAAGAAGCCGAACCCUUCUGAAUUAUCAUAUCUCCUUUAUUAUGCAUCCACUAGAAGAGUCAAAUUGGAGAAAGUUGUUGCAUAUCUUCAUAGUAGAACAACUUCUGAUACCAGCAGAACGAGGGCUGGAAAUCUUCAAGUAACUCUCAGUAUCUUGUCAGCCCUUAUUGAGAAAUGUUCCGAGAAUUUGAAUGUAUUUGCUAAUGAAGUAUGUACUAUUCUUAGACUCAUACUUAAAGUACAUGAUGUUGCACUUCGUAAAAGUGUUUUGAAAACAUAUGGGGUACUUUGUGAACAUCUUGAUGGUGGUCUUUUCUCAGGUGAUAAAGAAUUUGUUGAUUCAUUUACCGUUCUUUCUCAAUUGCUUAUCGAUUCGGCAAAAGAAACAGUCGCCGGUCCCGAUCUGUUAGAUUGGAAACUAAUCUCUGUGCUAGCUUGUGAAUACGUUUCCAAUUGUAUUGGGUUUAAUAUCAAGGUUGCUAAACAUUUCACUACUGAAUGUAUUCCAUUACUUUUAGAUAUUGUUAAACCAAAUAAUUCAGUUCAAGUUCUACGUGAGCGUUUCCAUGUCAAUGAGAAUGAAUUAGCAGGGAAAUCAUCUCAAGUACGUAAAGAUAGUGUUGUUACUGCUAUUGUUCAUACAGAAACAGAUGUUGCACUCACUUCACAAGAUGUCGAUGAAGCCGCAUUCACAUCUUUGAAAUCAUUCUUUGAUACGUCCCUUAUAAGUCAAAUCAGUGCCAGUACAAAUGCUGUUGUCAAACAUACAUUCAACGCACAAGAUUGUAGUUGGGGCCGUACUGUUAUAGAGGUAUGUGCAACAUGGAUUCCAGUUCAAUUAAGAUUCGUGGCCCUUUCCACUCUUCUUACUAGACUUAAUUCCAUUCUGGAUGAAGCAUCAUCCAAAAAUCCUCAAUAUCAAUCACAGAUCCAAUAUGCAAACUAUAUUCUUGGACUUGUAUCAUCAGAUGUAAAUAUGAUUGGACUUUCCGUUUCUGAUAUUAUUCAACAAUUAUUAAGUUUACAAGCUUCAGUAGCUCUCCAUCAUUCACUGUUUCUUUCUGAGCUUGAGGUCCAUGAACUAUUAACAGUAUACUCCAAUUGUAUUUGCAAUUUAUCUACCCAUGUUUACUACUUUGAUCAAGUUCCUGAUUCAAUCCAAGAGAUUUUGAUGAAGGUCGAUUCAGUCUUGGAACAAUCAUUCCCAAUCCAAAAUCCUGAUAUAACUAUCAACACAAAUGCAACAACAUUGCGCUCAAUGAAUCCCGUGAAUGGUAAAAACUUGAAGAAUCUUAUUAUCACCCUUUUACAAAACAUAACUAUAAUCUUUAGUAUUUUAAAAAAGAAACCCAGUACAAUUUCUCGGAAUUAUGUUCAAUUUGAACAUUGGGAAAUAAGUCUUGGAUUACUCUCACCUGAAACAGAUUUCGAAGGCUUUGAUCCAAACAUCUUGUCCCCAGAAGAUGUCUCUGAUAUUCAAAUUGAAUAUUUACAAAUUUUCCGGGAUUAUAUUGCGCUGGAGAUAUUCUCAAAUGAAGAGUAUGAUCAAUCUGGUUCAAAUGAAAUGAUUUCUACUGAAAAUAUUGUACUUGAAUCGAAAACUUAUUUAAUUCCUGAUACAAAUAAUUAUAUCAGUAACUCUGAUAACUUUAUUACUCAUUUUUUGGCUCAUGUUGAUAAACUUUUCCAAAAAAGAGAACCACCAAAUAUUGAACUUUUAAUGUUGGUUUCUCAUACACUUAAGGAUCUUUCAGGAUUACUCGGAAUUAAUUUUCUUAGUAAUUAUAUCCCAUUUUUCUUCCACUGGAUUUUAAAAUCAACUGAAUCUGUUCUGCCAAAUCCUGCUGAUGACGAAAGUGCAAGAGCACGAGAUACCAUUGCAUAUGGUAUAAUGCAUGACACCAUGAAGGUUUUAAAUGAUAAGUAUCAACAAAUUCCUAAUGGUUAUUGCUACAGUUCAGAUUUCUUUAUUGGCAUUGAAGAAGAUAUUGAUUAUCGUAGAUGUAAUGGUCUUUGGGAUGGUAGACUAGUUACUUGUGAAUUAUCAGUAGCCCAUCAAAAGGAGUCAUUAUCGCACAACACCACAAAGAAGGGAUUCCAAAUGUUUGUUAACGGGGAUGCGUGGUUACUCUCUUGCAUCAACCCAUACAAUGCAUUAUCACUCGAUACUUCACGCUCAUAUCUUCGCAUAGAUCAACAUCAAGAUGCAAGAAAUCAUCACGUUCCAGAUUUUACAUUAUCCUCAAAUUCAAGCAUUGGAUCAGAUUUCGUAUUAUCACCACCAACUAAUUCCCAUUCCUAUAGUGUAGGUUUGGGGUUGGGAACUGCAGGUGACAUCACAUCUAUUCAUUCUGGCCUUAAUAACGGACACUUUGGAUCUCAAUCAAGAAAUGGAUAUUUCGACAAUAAUGGUUCGAUCGCCAGUAGACAACAAAUAUCACCUAGAGUUUCAGAUUUGAAAGAUGCUAUGUUCCAAAGGGAUAAGAUUCCUGCCAUCCAAUUUGGUGAGAAGUUCAACCCAUCAUCUGCAAAAUCUGUAUUAUCUAGACAAUUAGUUCAAACAGAUGUUGAUUCAAUCCUUGAGGGGUUAGAUUCUGAUUGUGAUUCAGAAAUUGUUGUUUAA